UUAGUAUUUUCGCGGAUGCACAAACACUGCUGUGCCCUUAAAGACUCCGGAGUCCGGUCCAAAGUCCAAACACUCUCCUUCGCCAUCAAAAGCGGGAAAAGGAGAGAGGGAGAAUCUAGGGCAUCUUUCUUCUUCGCGUUCUCCUGUUACUGUUCGAGGGUUUUUGUUCCGCUCAUCUUGGUCUCAGUUAAGAUGUCGGGCAGGAAAGAAACUGUUUUGGAUUUGGCAAAGUUCGUUGACAAGGGUGUUCAAGUCAAGCUCACUGGUGGUAGACAAGUCACAGGGACUCUGAAGGGAUAUGAUCAAUUACUGAACCUUGUCCUCGACGAAGCUGUAGAAUUUCUAAGAGAUCCAGAUGAUCCAUUGAAGACUACGGAUCAGACUAGACGUCUUGGUUUAAUAGUGUGUAGGGGAACUGCUGUGAUGCUUGUUUCACCAACUGAUGGUACGGACGAGAUUGCUAACCCUUUUGUCCAGCAAGAUGGGGCGUAGAUAACAUAUUUUCUUCUAUAUAAAUCACAGAUCAAAUUUGUAUGCAUCUGUGGCUGUCAUAAUCUGUGAAUUUGAGAUGUUUUAAUUGUCGUCUUCACUUCUCGAAUUUUAGUAUGUCUUGAAACUUAAUUAGUAGAUCAGUAUUCGAGCUUGACUUGAUUAUUCUGAAUUUUGCAUAG